AUGGCGGAAGAGGAACCAAUGCCUUCCACAUCAUCAGGCUACACUGGCGACAUGUUCAUUAAUCGAGAAAUGGAUUUCUUGAGUAAUGAUUCUGUCCAAGAUCCACAUUUCGAACUCCCUAAUACAGCAGCAGAUUCGUCGACAUCUAGUGAUAUAUCGUGUCGUCCGGGUACUGACCGAAGAACCAACACGCCACAGGCGGUUGAACAAUCUCUAAAAAAAAAGUAUUUACAUCACGAAACAGGAAAAGAAAAAUGUGAUACUCAAGUAAAUAAAAAUGACAGUACUGUGUAA